AUGUCGUCUCCGCCGCCCACCACCACGUCGUCCGCGCCUCCGCCCGUUCCUUCGGCCUCCGCCCCCACGGUGGGUUCUCCAGCGGCCGCCAUGACAGCGGGCUCCGCCGCGCCGGCUCCCGUCAUCUACACGCCCGAGCAAAUGAGCGGGGUCGUCAACGACCUCAUAACCGCGGUUCAAGGCAUCCGCCUCUUCUUGAUCGGUUCCCAGCGGCCCCUGACGCCGCCGCAGCCGGCCGCCUUCACCAUGCCGGCGCCCGCACCAUGGAUUCGCUUCCCCCCAUCGUCAUCUCCGCUGCCGGCGUGGCUCGCCGCGUCAUCGACUCAGCCGGUCUACACCACCGCUGCCGAGCCGCCGCUGCCCUCCCUCCCGAGCGUCGGCCCCGGGGGGUAUGCACGCCCCCAUGAGGCGCGCCCCGACGCGCACGGCCCCGGCGGGGUUACACAGCCACCGCCCCGUUACACCAAAGUCGACUUCGCCAUGUAUGAUGGGUCGGAGGACCCCCUGAACUGGCUUAGCCAAUGCCCUGCAGCCGCCUCCCCCGAGUCGCGGGGCCCGACCACCCGCCCGCCCCCGCCGGCCGCAGCACCGACCACGCGGCCAGCAUCGCCCGCUCCAGCAGCGCCGCAGCGGACCUUCCGGCGCCUCACCCCGGCGGAGCAGUUGGAGCGCUGUCGCCUCGGCUUGUGCUUCAACUGCGACGAGCCCUACGCACCAGGUCACGUCUGCCCGCGCCUCUUCUACUUGGAGACGGUCGAUGAUGGCGACGCGGAUACAGGCGUCUACACAUCGCCGGAGACCGCCCUCGACGCCGCGCUGGCCACGGCGUGCAUGGUCUCGCUACAUGCGUUGGCUGGCAUCCGCAACGAGCAGACGAUGCUCCUGCCGGUGACGAUGCACGGCGAGAAGCUGGUGGCCCUACUAGACACCGGCUCCACACAUAACUUUCUGCCGGAAGCCACCAUGCGUCGCUUGGGCCUCCAGCCGAAGGACGGCGAUCGCUUUCGCGUCACCGUGGCCAACGGCGACCGCCUUCGCUGUCACGGCGUGGCGCAGCACGUGCCGUUCUCCAUCGGCGAGGAACGCUUCACCAUCGCGUGCGCCGGCAUCGACUCUAGCUGUUUCGACCUCAUCCUCGACGUGGACUUCUUGCGGCCCCGCGGGCCUAUAUUGUGGGACUUCACAGCCUUGACGAUGACCUUCUGGCGCCAGGGCCGCCGCGUCUGUUGGACGGGCAUUGGGGGCGCCGCCCCGGCAUUGCAGCUUCAGCUCACCAUGACCGACAUUGACUCCGACCACCCUCUGUUGGCCCACCUCCUGCAGCAGUACGGCAACCUGUUCGACGAGCCGCAAGGCCUUCCGCCGACCCGGCUGCAGAAGGACGAGCUCGAGCGACAGUGCGCCCUCAUGCUCGCCGUGGGUGUCAUCCGGAUCUCUAUGUCGCCGUUCUCAGCGCCAGUGUUGCUCGUCUGCAAGGCAGAUGGCACAUGGCACUUAUGCAUCGACUACCGUGCCCUCAAUGCGCUUACGCUGAAGGACAAGUUCCCCAUUUCGGUGGUCGACGAGCUCCAUGGGGCGCGCUUCUUCACCAAGCUCGACUUACGAUCGGGCUAUCACCAGGUGCGCAUGCACCCAGACGACAUCGCCAAGACAGCGUUUCGGACCCAUCAUGGCCACUUCGAGUUCGUGGUGAUGCCCUUCGGCCUCACCAACGCGCCAGCGAUGUUCCAGGCCCUGAUGAACGAUGUACUCUGCCCCUAUUUACGUCGGUUUGUGCUCGUUUUCUUUGACGAUAUUUUGAUCUACAGUGCCUCGUGGGCGGAGCACCUACAACACAUCACCAUCGUCUUCAACGAGCUUCGCGCGCAUCAUCUUCACCUUAAGCGCUCGAAGUGCUCGUUCGGGACGACAUCGGUCGCCUACCUCGGCCACGUCAUCUCCGCCGAGGGGGUGGCCAUGGACGCUGACAAGGUGGCGGUUAUCGCCGCGUGGCCGCCUCCUCGUUCACCGCGUGCUCUCCGCGGCUUCCUGGGUCUCGCCGGGUACUACCAGAAAUUCAUCCGGGACUUUGGCAUCAUCGCGACACCUCUCACGCGGCUUCUGCGCCGCGACGCCUUCGCCUGGGAUGACGAGGCCACCGCCGCGUUCGAGGCCCUGAAGGGGGCCCUCACGACGGGCCCCAUUCUCCAGAUGCCGGACUUCGCACGACCAUUCAUCGUCGAAUGCGACGCCUCCGGAGUGGGGUUCGGUGCCGUGCUUCACCAAGGCGAUGGCCCGCUUGCCUACUUCAGCAGGCCAUUCGCCGCACGCCACCUCAAGCUUGCAGCUUAUGAGCAGGAGCUCAUUGGCUCGGUACAGGCCGUGCACCAUUGGCGUCCCUACCUUUGGGGGCGCUCGUACCAGAUUCGCACGGACCACUACAGCCUCAAGUACUUGUUGGAUCAGAGGCUUUCGACCGUUCUACAACAUCAGUGGAUCAGCAAGCUGUUCGGCUUUGAUUUCACCAUCGAGUAUCGGCCGGGGUGCCUCAACACCGUCGCCGAUGCUCUCUCUCGCCACGAUGCUGUUGACGAGGACGGCGCACCCGAGGGGCUGGCGUUGUGCAUCCGUUCGGGCCCCUCCUUCGCCCUCUUCGACACCAUCCGCCAGGCUACUGCGACGGCGUCUGACGCCCAGCUUCUGCGGCAGCAACUGGAGGCGGGCGAGUUGGAGGCUCCAUGGCGCUGGGUGGAUGGGCUACUCUUGCACAGGCGCCGGGUUUUCGUGCCCGACCACGACGAUCUUCGACACCAGGCUGGCCCACUCCUCCGGCCAUGA